AUGGAUUUUCUUCACAGACUCCUCAAUUUGAUUGCUCCUAUAGUAACCCUCAAUGCACUCUUCUUCCUCACUCCGCUUUAUUGCGUUUUCAAAGUUUUAUGCUAUAUCAAUCGUUCCAUUUCUAAGGAAGACGUCACCGGAAAAGUUGUAUUGAUCGUCGGAGCAUCUUCAGGAAUCGGUGAGCAUAUCGCGUAUGAGUACGCCAGAAGAGGAUCAUAUCUGGUCCUGGCUGCUAGAAGAGAGAAGAGUCUCCGUGAUGUUGCGGAAACCGCUAAGUUACUCGGUGCACCGGAAGCCAUCGCGAUUCCGACUGAUGUUUCCGAUAUUGAUGAUUGCAAGCGACUAAUCGACGAAACUAUCAAGCGUUUUGGACGACUAAAUCAUCUGGUGAAUUGUGCUGGGGUGACACCAAUGUGCAUGGUAGAAGAGAUAACAGAUAUCACAAGUUUCACAUCAGUCAUGGAUACAAACUUCUGGGGUUACGUGUAUAUGACAUAUCUUUCAAUUCCAUACCUGAGAAAGACGAAAGGGAAAAUUAUAGUAAUCGCUUCAUCUGCUUCAUGGAUGCCUGCACCUCGAAUGAGCUUCUACAAUGCAAGCAAAGCGGCAGUAGUAAGCUUUUACGAGUCAUUAAGGCUUGAACUCGGUUCGGACGUCGGAAUCACAAUCGUGACUCCGGGGUUGACGGAAUCGGAAAUGAGUCAAGGCAAAAUCAUGAAUAAAGAUGGGGAGAUGGUAGUUGAUCAGGACAUGAGAGAUGCGGAGAUGAGUAUUGUGCCGAUUGAGUUGGCGACGGCGUCUGCCAUGGCUGUUGUUGAUGGUGGUUGCCGGGGAGAUGUGUACUUGUCGGAGCCGAAGUGGAUCCAGACGACGGCGUAUUGGGUGGUGUUUUUCCCGGAGAUGGUGGAGUGGGUGAAUCGAUGGUUUUUAUGGGUGAAGGUAGGGGCGUCGCCGUUGGAUGCACCUAGCAAGAAGCUGUUGGAUGUGCCGGGACUGAGGCAUCUGGCGCAGCCGGAUUCUGUCAGAUCGCCGGAGAUAAAGAAAGGAUAA